GAGCUCCCUCCACUGGCACUGUGGGAAGCUUUAGCCAAGCCAAUGCACCCUGACAACAAACUGCCCAGCCAUGGCAAGGCAGGCAGCAGCAGUGCCCUGGCCCAGCACCACAAUGUGAGCCAAGCACCCACCUGUAACUUGGGCUCAAAGGGCGUGGGGGCAGGCAGCCAUGGCAGCAAGGCCACUCAGAUUUCCCCUGGCAACUCUGGACUGAAAAACAGCCAGAACACUGUCCCAAACUUCAGCUCCUUGAAGGGCAAGGUGAAGCGGGAACGAAGCAUCUCAGUGGACUCCGGAGAACAGCGAGAAGCUAGCACCCCAUCACAGGACACAGAAUCAAAAGGUGAGGUGGCUCCCCGCAGUAAGCGACGGUGUGUGCUGGAAAGGAAGCAGCCAUACAGUGGCGAUGAAUGGUGCUCUGGGCCGGACAGCGAGGAAGACGACAAACCCAUCAGCAGUGCACACAGCUGUAAUGUAGCAGAUCCUGCGAUGUCCACGGCCCCACAGCUUGGCCCAGGGUCCAACCCGCUGCCUAACCUGAGCGAGAGCAGUGCUUCCGGCGUGCCCCAUGGUGCUGCCCCUGGCUUGCGGUCAGAGGCUGCAGGAGGCGGAGGCGGCGGAACAGGGAAGCAGCAUUCACAGUUUGUUUACGUCUUUACAACGCACCUUGCUAACACAGCUGCAGAAGCUGUCCUGCAGGGCCGAGCUGACUCCAUUCUGGCCUACCAUCAACAGAAUGUCCCACGGGCAAAGUUAGACCAGGCACCACCUGCUCCUAAAGUGCUGGGCGUUGCUGAGCCACUUCCAAUUAACCCUCCUGCUGCCAAUACUCCACAGUCCCAGCCACUGGCUCCUCAAGCAAGUCAACCACAGCCACAGCCUCCCCCACCACAGCCUCCAGCCCCACCACCUCAGGCCAUCAGUCAAACACCUUUGCCUGCGCCCAGCAGCCUGCCUCAGGAAGGGACAAGUGAAGAUGGCCGGAGAGAUCUGACUCCCAACUCUUUGGGGAACAAUAGCAGCAACAACCAGCCUGGAAGUAACCAUCCAAAUACGCCCACUGCAUCUGCCAGCACCAUGCAGCCUGGGCAAGUGGACUCCUCUGCCACACCCAGCUCCAGCCUCCUUGGAGAGGGCCCAGGGAUGCCGGGGAAUGGGCAGGCAGGCCUGGGCCCCAGGAACACCAUGAACUCAGAAGGGCUCUCAAAGGAGCAGCUGGAGCACCGAGAACGUUCUCUGCAGACCCUGAGAGACAUUGAGCGUCUGCUGCUGCGCAGUGGGGAGGCUGAGCCCUUCCUCAAGUCCAGCCAAAAUGCAGGUGAGGGGGGGACUGCCCCUCAGCCACAGGCUGCCCCUGCCCAGCCCCCCGCGCCCCCUGCCAGCAUCAAGAAGUAUGAAGAGCCUCUGCAGUCCAUGAUCUCCCAGACCCAGAGCCUUGGUGGGCCCAGCCUGGAACAUGAGGUGCCUCACCACCCUGGCGCUGACAUGGGACAGCAGAUGAACAUGAUGAUGCAGCGGCUGAACCAGGACAGCCUGACACCGGAGCAAGUGGCCUGGAGGAAGUUGCAGGAAGAGUACUACGAGGAAAAGCGACGGAAAGAGGAGCAGAUCAGCAUCCAUGGCCGGCCCAUGCAGGAGAUCAUGAUUCCUCAGUCGAUGGGGAGCAUGAUGAUGCGUGGGCCUCCACCACCCUACCACAGCAAGCCUGGAGAACAGUGGCCACCAGGGAUGGGCAGCCAGCUGCGGGGACCCAUAGAUGUGCAGGAUCCUCUGCAGCUGCGGGGAGGGCCACCCUUCCCUGGCCCACGGUUCCCUGGGAAUCAAAUGCAGAGAGUAUCUGGCUUUGGAGGGAUGCAGAACAUGCCCUUGGAUGCUCUUGGGCCUAUGAAUGCCUUGCAGAGGCCAGUCAGGCCCAGCAUGGGAUGGAGCGAUGAUAUGUCUCCUAUGGGAGGCCCUGGGAACUUUCCACAAGGCACCUUGCCCUACCCACCAGGGCAAGGAGACCCAGAAAGGUUUAUGAAUCCCCGUGCCAGAGAGGAGAUUCUGCGGCAUCAGCUCAUGGAGAAACGCCCAGUGGCAAUGCAGAGGCCCAUGGGGAUAUCCAACAACUCCAUGAGCCAGGGCAUGGAAAUGGAGAGGAUGAUGCAGGCUCACAGGCAGAUGGAUCCAUCCAUGUUUGCUGGGCAGAUAACGGGUGAGACCCUGAGCAGUGCCCCAAUGGGAAUGGAUUUUGCAGGCACUCGGGGGAUGCUGAGCCCUCCUAUGAGUCAGUCAGGCCUUCGGGACAUGGACACACCCAUGGGCCCUGGCAACCUCAACAUGAACAUGAAUGUCAAUAUGAACAUGAACAUGAACCUCAAUGUCCAGAUGACCCCACAGCAGCAGAUGAUGAUGUCCCAGAAGAUGAGGGGCGCUGAAAUGAUGACCCACCAGGGCAUGAACCCUGAGGAGCUGGCCAGGGUUAGGGCUCAGAAUGGCAAUGGCGGUGCAAUACUAACGGGACCCCAGAAAAUGAUGAUUCCCUCACAGUUCCCCAACCAAGGACAGCAAGGCUUCUCGACAGGGCAAGGGUCUUAUCCCAGCCUGCCCCAGGAGAUGGGCAGUGGCUCAGACAUGUUUAGCCCUGAGCAGGGCACCAUGUCUGUUGGGAGCAUCAGUGGCACCACCAGACUCAGCCACAUUCCUCUGCCUCCAGCCUCCAAUCCCACUCCCACACCAGGGGGAAACCUGGCCAACAUGCACCCAGCACCUUCCCGGGGGCUGGGCCGCCGGCCCUCUGACCUCACCAUCAACAUCAACCAGAUGAAUUCCCCCAGUAUGGGUCACCUCAAGUCUCCCACCCUUAGCCAGGUGCAUUCGCCACUGGUCACCUCCCCAUCUGCCAGUCUCAAGUCCCCACAGACACCCUCGCAGAUGAUCAGCAUGCCACCUUCAAACCAGUCUGGAUCCCUCAAGUCCCCCCAGGUGAUGAGUUCCUCCCUCAACGUCCGGUCUCCAACUGGCUCACCAAGCCGCCUGAAGUCCCCUUCUAUGGCUGUUUCUUCCCCUGGUUGGGUGCCAUCUCCCAAAGCCACCAUGCCCAGCCCAGGAGUCAACCAGAGCAAGCAGACUCUCAAUAUGAACUCAUCUGCUUCCAUCGGAGCACUGGAGCAGGGUUCUCUCCCUUCUGGGCCUCGGAGCAGCUCUUCUGCACCAGCCAGCAACACCUCUAGCACCAUGAAUCCAAACAUGCCUUUUACUUCCUCUCCAGAUCCAUCCCCUUCCCAGAACCCCCUCUCACUGAUGAUGUCCCAGAUGUCCAAGUAUGCCAUGCCCAGCUCCACACCACUUUACCACAAUGCCAUCAAGACCAUCGCCACCUCUGAUGAUGAGCUGCUGCCAGACAGGCCUAUGCUCCCACCUGGAAGUAUGUCAGGCGUGACGGGGAAUCAGCCAAAUCAACUGCACUUGAACUCUGUGGGGCCUGGAUCCGCUCAGAGCCCCAUGGGAAUGAACCUACCUGGUCAGCAGCCCCUUUCCCACGAACCACCCCCCACCUCUAUGAUGUCCUCCCCAAACCCUCUGGGCUCCAACAUUCCUAUGCAUCCAAGUGGGCCAGGGGCGGGCGUGCCCCCCCAGAACCCCAUGAUGCUGCCCCCGGGUCCCCAGGACUCAUUGAACCAGCAGUGUGGCCCUGUGCCCAACAGUUCACAGAUGAUUCCUUCCAACCAGCUCGUGUUCCCUCGCAUGCAGCAGCCCCACAAUGCCAUGUCAUCUCCUGCCGGAGGCAUGCCCAUGGCCCCCAGUGCAGGAGGUGGCCCUGGGAUGCAGCAGCAUUACCCGCCAGGGAUGCCCUUGCCACCUGAGGACCUUCCCUCCCAGCAGCCUGGCCAGAUGCCCCCUCAGCAGCACAUGAUGGGCAAGAACAUCCCUCCUCGGAUUGGUGACCCCUACCCGCCCGUGCUUCCUGGGGUGGCGUCGGUGCUGAACGACCCCGAGCUCAGUGAGGUCAUCCGCCCCACGCCCACGGGGAUCCCGGAGUUUGACCUGUCCAGGAUCAUCCCAUCAGAGAAGCCAAGCAGCACCUUGCAGUAUUUCCCCAAGAGCGACAGCCAGGCACCCAAAUCUCAGCCUUCCAACCUCCACCUCAUGAACCUGCAGAACAUGAUGGCUGAGCAGCCCCCCGUGCGUCCAGGUAUGAAUGCUCCCAGCCUCCCCGGGCAGCAGGGUGUGCAGAGGGGACUCAGCAUGCCCAUGUGCCAUCCUGGACAAGUGCCCAUGCUGGGCAGGACAGGCAUACCGCCCCAGCAAGGCAUGAUGGGCAAUAGCAUGCACCAGGGCAUGAUGUCUCCGCAGCAGAGCCUGAUGGCCCAGCAGAAUUUCAUGCUGAUGCAGGCCAAGCAGAGAAGCAUGUCUGUGUCAGGGGAGAUGUAUGCCCAGACAGGACAUAUGAUGUCACCUCAGGGCUCUCUCAUGGGGCCCCCACCUCAGCAGAACCUCAUGGUCACACACCAGAUGAGGCAGAGGAGUGUCUCCCUGGACAGCCAGAUGAGUUAUAUCCCUGGGCCUGGGAACAUGGCGAACUUGCCUUUUUAACCCU